UUGGUGCGUAUGAGCAAACUCACCGGUUGAUCGAAACCCAGAACAUAGUGAAUGGUCCACAGUGGUAGUACCAGUAUUAUAUUAACUGUGGUAGUACCAUUAUUAGAGCCUUCAUAAGCGCACGCACAGGUAUCGAAUGCGGUUUAGUGUUGAAUAAAGUGUUUAUUGAUUUGAUAACAUGACGAGUCCAACAAUUAUUGUAUUGGCUGUAUUAGUAUCACAUGCAUACUCGGCUCCACAAUUUAUAUCGUUUCAAGAUGGAAAGUUGGGAGUCAACUUCGGCGGUUACCACGCUGGCAUCGGUAUUGGUGGGCUUUUAGCCAAUGGGACACGUGGAGGUCUGUUUGCAGAGGCUGGUACACCAACAGGACAGUUUGCAACUGCUGGCCUUGGCGGAACUGUUAAUCAAAAUGGAAUAGCAUCAGGUGGACUUUUCGCCGGAGCAACAGCAGGCGGUAACUAUCACGCAUCAGCUGGUCUAUCUGGAACCAGCGCCGGUAACAAAAUUGGAAGUGGCUUUGCACAAGCACAAGCUGGAAAUGUCGUCUCAACCAGCGCCCUGGGAGGCCAAACCGGUGAUAAAGGAUCAUCAGGAUUUACGUAUAGUGGUGUGAAUAAACUAGAAGUAACACCUCUGAAAAGUGGUAUUAAUACCGAAGUUAAUGUUGAAUCUGCAAAUGAAGUACAACCACAUGAAACAUCAAAUAUUGAAAUAACCAAGACUAUUGUUAGAGAAGAUGUUCAAUCUCCUCAAAUAGUCAAAGAAGUGUACGCAGAUUCACAACCUCAAGUUUUUGAAAAGCAUAUCGUGCAUACGCAUUACAAACCAAGAAGAGCUCAUUUUCGUAAAACCGCAUUCCUCGGAGGUUAUGUUGGUGGUCAAGGAGAAAUUGUAGGACCAGCUCCUAAUAGUGUUGUACAAACUGAACAACAUGCUGAGAGAAGGGUAGAUGUCGGUGUUGAAGCUAACGCUGGAGCUAAUGUAGACGGACAUAUCAAUGGGGGAGGAGUAAGAAAAGUUUAUACUAAGGAAGUCACUGUGAACAAAAAUCCAACUUUCUUCCGUGACAUUUUUGAUAUUCCAAUUUCUACUUUGAAAGCAGUCGGUAAUUUCCUUGGGAACACGGCAUCACGUACGAACAUAUCUGUACAAAAAUCUGUACAAACAGAAUCUGAGCCGAAGCAUGAUUCAUCGAUAUCUUCCUCUUCAUCAGCUCAUAUUUCGGUAGACACACCGAGUGCAUCAUCUUUUAUCGAUGACAUUUUAUCUAUUCCUAUUAACACCCUCGGAGCAGUGAACAAAUUCUUGGAAAACAAUGUGGGCAGGAAAAAUGUACAGGUAUUACAUGAAGAAGGUGUCCAAUCAAGAGUAAGGCGAGUUCCACACGGUCGUAGAAGGUAUCACCAGCAGGUCGUCGUUGAAGACAGCCCACAAUAAAUGAUCUAGAUGGAAUAAUUUAGCAUUUAGUUAGAAAUAUUUACACCUGUAAAUACGUAAAAGCAAUUUUAGUGAUAGUUAUAAAAUUUUAGUGAUAGGAAAAAAAUCAAUACGAAUAAAUAAUUUUUGUAA